CUUCAGCAUAUGGAGUUUCCCAGGUUAAGGAUUGAACUGGAGCUGCAGCUGCCAGCCUACACCACAUCUUUAAUUAGUUCUCUAUUACUUGCCAGAAUGGAAUUGCAGCUUAAUAUAGUCUUAUGAGGGUGAUGGAUGCUAGAAAGUCCUACUUAAUUCUGGAGUUUAGGAGGCCAGUUUGGAACUUAUGCAAACAACAAUGAUGAAGGUGGCGGGAAUAGAUAGUUUAGUUUACCCCUAGGAAAGGGUAGAAAGAGAAGACAGGAGAGUAGCAGUAAUAGGAAAGUAAAAAGGAAUGGAUAGCUAUACUGUGACCUUUAAACACGCGAUGACUCCGUUCUUAGAUAAAUGUGGCUGAGUGGUGGAAUCUGACCAGUCUAUUCUUCACUUUCCUAUUACCUCCUUAAUCAUAAACCUUUCAUGAUUUCCCAUGGUCAACCUGUCUUCCUAGGUUUAUGCACUCCUCUAGGUAUUUUAAGCCCCUAAUCCACUAUAAUAUUUUAAACUUUGGAAACACUAUUCAAUCAACUCUUACUAAGCACUUUUAUUUGAAGUCUUUCAUUCAUUAAAUGAAUGUGCUAAUUAAGCACUAUGAAUAUAAUAGUAAACUGAGACUUGGUUCUUAUUUUCUUGAAAUACUCUAACAGGAGUGAUAAAAGAGGUAAUUACAAUUUAGUUCGAUAAGCACUUAUCUAGACUUGAUCUGGCUUAGCUUUUAAGAGAAAGCUGGGACAGAGGAGUGUGGGAGGGUUCUAAGCAGAAACAGUAGCAUGAGUGAUGGCAUAAAGAUGAGAAAAAGCAGAGUAUGUCGAGGCUAUAAAUUUGGAGUGAUAAGAAGAGGCCAUACUUGUUUAUAAGACCAAGGAAUUUGGCCUAGUAUCUAGAAGUAGAGGAAUGACAUCGGAGAUGGAGGGAAAUACACUGAGAGCUGUUUAGAGGUUUAAUCAGUAGAAUGUGAUGUUUGGAUGAAUGAAUGAUGUAGGGUGACAAAGAAUGAGAAAGAAUCCAAAGGUUUUCUGUUUUGGCAGUUGUCCGGAUAGUGGUGCCAUCACUGAUGUAGGACAAUUCAGUUUUGGACUUGCUAAGUUUUUGGUACCAGAGGGACAUUCAAGUGGAGAUGUCCAGUUGGCAGUUGGAUAUAGUGGUAUGGGGCUUGGGAGAGAGGUCCUAGAUGGAGACACAGAUUUGUAGUUGACUUCUGGCAGUGGGUGAAAAUCUUAUUUCUUGUAAUUCUAUUGAUUGUACUUAGGUACUUUGCCCUACUUUCCUCCCACGUUUUGCCCUCUAGCCUUGGUGAACUAUGCUGGCAAUUUCUUGAAUCUUCCAAGUUCUCUUUUACAUAUGCUUCUCCCUUUGCCUAGAAAGCUCUUUCUCCCUCUGUUCCACUGAUUCUUGUUUACCUUAAAGACUUACUUAGAUCAAGUGGUACUUCUUUUGGGAAACUUUUCCUGAUACUCUAUUUCUCCCCCUACAAAUGUUUGCCUAUAAUCUGAUUUAGCAAAGUUCUCAUAUAGAUGUGGUUCGUUUUCCAUGUGUGGUUUAUAUCAAUGAAGUUCGAGUCAUACCCCCAGGAGUAAGAGCUCAUAGCAGCUUGCCUGACAAUAGAGCAUAUGGAAGGAUCACACCUGUUUGUACUUCUACCAGGAGUGCAUAAGGGAAUCUCUGAUAGUACUGGAGACAUCACCACACACAUUUCAAUUAGACUUAUUCUUUAACAAUGUAAGCAAACCAAGUGCCCCAGUUUUCGAUAGGUUGGGAAGCCUGGAAUAUGAUGAGAAUACUUCCAUCAUCUUCAGACCCAACUCAAAGGUAAAUACCGAUGGUUUGGUGCUAAGAGGCUGGUAUAACUGUCUGACACUGGCAAUAUACGGAUCAGUGGAUAGAGUCAUAAGUCAUGAUAGAGACUCUCCACCACCUCCACCUCCACCUCCACCACCUCCCCAGCCACAGCCAAGUUUGAAAAGGAAUCCAAAACAUGCUGAUGGGGAGAAGGAAGAUCAAUUUAAUGGAAGCCCUCCAAGACCACAGCCAAGGGGACCGAGAACUCCACCAGGACCCCCUCCACCUGAUGAUGAUGAAGAUGAUCCCUUGCCAUUGCCAGUGUCUGGUGACAAGGAAGAAGAUGCUCCUCAUAGAGAAGAUUACUUUGAGCCCAUUUCUCCUGAUCGGAAUUCUGUUCCCCAGGAAGGUCAAUAUUCUGAUGAAGGAGAAGUAGAAGAGGAACAGCAAGAGGAAGUAGAAGAUGAUGAAGAUGAUGGGGAUGUAGAGGAAGAAGAGGAUGAGGAUGAGGAUGAUCGCCAUACAGUAGAUAGUAUCCCUGAAGAGGAAGAGGAAGAUGAAGAGGAGGAAGGUGAAGAAGAUGAAGAAGGCGAAGGGGAUGAUGGUUAUGAACAAAUUUCCAGUGAUGAAGACGGAAUUGCUGACUUGGAACGUGAAACAUUUAAGUAUCCAAACUUUGAUGUUGAAUAUACUGCCGAAGACUUAGCUUCAGUUCCUCCUAUGACAUAUGAUCCAUAUGACAGGGAGCUUGUACCACUCUUAUACUUCAGCUGUCCAUACAAGACUACUUUUGAAAUUGAAAUCAGUAGAUUGAAGGAUCAAGGUCCAGAUAAAGAAAAUUCAGGGGCAAUAGAAGCCUCAGUGAAGUUAACUGAACUGUUGGAUUUGUAUCAAGAAGAUAGAGGUGCAAAAUGGGUAACAGCUUUAGAAGAAAUUCCAAGUUUAAUAAUAAAAGGAUUAAGUUAUUUGCAGUUGAAAAACACAAAACAAGAUGCCCUCGAUCAGUUGGUAGACUGGACCAUGCAAGCUUUAAAUUUACAAGUAGCCCUUCGCCAACCCAUUGCCUUAAAUGUCCGACAGCUCAAAGCUGGGACCAAGUUAGUGUCCUCACUAGCGGAAUGUGGGGCUCAAGGAGUCAUGGGACUGCUACAAGCAGGAGUGAUCAAUGGAUUAUUUGAGCUCCUGUUUGCUGAUCAUGUCUCAUCUUCCCUUAAGUUAAAUGCAUUUAAAGCUCUGGACAGCGUCAUUAGUAUGACAGAAGGAAUGGAAGCUUUUUUAAGAAGUAAGCAGAGUGAAAAAAGUGGCUAUCAAAAACUUGUGGAGCUCAUACUUUUAGAUCAGACUGUGAGGGUUGUCACUGCUGGUUCAGCUAUUCUUCAGAAAUGUCAUUUCUAUGAAAUUUUGUCAGAGAUUAAAAAACUUGGUGAUCAUUUAGCAGAGAAGACUUCUUCUGUUCCUAACCACAGUGAACCCGAUCAUGAUACAGAUACUGGACUUGAGAGAACAAACCCAGACUAUGAAAAUGAGGUAGACGCUUCAAUGGAUAUGGAUCUUUUGGAAUCCUCAAAUAUAAGUGAAGGGGAAAUAGAAAAGCUUAUUAGCCUCCUAGAGGAAGUUUUUCAUUUAAUGGAAACUGCACCUCAUACAAUGAUCCAGCCUCCUGUUAAGUCUUUCCCGACCAUGGCACGUAUUACUGGACCACCAGAGAGAGACGAUCCAUACCCUGUUCUCUUUAGGUAUCUUCAUAGUCAUCACUUCUUGGAGCUGGUUACCUUGCUUCUGUCAAUUCCAGUAACAAGUGCUCACCCUGGUGUGCUGCAAGCCACAAAAGAUGUUUUGAAGUUUCUUGCACAGUCUCAAAAGGGUCUUCUUUUUUUUAUGUCAGAAUAUGAAGCAACAAAUUUGUUGAUCCGAGCUCUCUGUCACCUUUAUGAUCAAGAUGAAGAGGAAGGUCUCCAAUCUGAUGGUGUUAUUGAUGAUGCAUUUGCUUUGUGGCUACAGGACUCAACACAGACAUUGCAGUGUAUUACAGAACUGUUCAGCCAUUUUCAGCGUUGCACAGCCAGUGAAGAAACUGACCAUUCAGAUCUCUUGGGAACUCUUCACAAUCUUUACUUGAUUACUUUUAAUCCUGUGGGAAGAUCAGCUGUCGGUCAUGUUUUCAGUCUUGAGAAAAACCUGCAAAGUCUUAUAACUCUAAUGGAGUACUAUUCCAAAGAAGCCUUAGGUGAUUCCAAGUCUAAGAAGUCAGUAGCUUAUAAUUAUGCAUGCAUACUUAUUUUGGUGGUGGUUCAGUCUUCCAGUGAUGUCCAAAUGCUAGAACAGCAUGCAGCAUCUCUCUUGAAGCUUUGUAAAGCAGAUGAAAAUAAUGCUAAAUUGCAAGAACUUGGCAAGUGGCUUGAACCUCUGAAAAACCUUAGAUUUGAAAUUAACUGCAUCCCAAACCUAAUUGAAUAUGUUAAACAGAAUAUUGAUAACUUGAUGACCCCAGAAGGAGUUGGCCUUACCACUGCCUUACGUGUUCUCUGUAAUGUGGCAUGCCCACCACCCCCUGUUGAAGGUCAACAGAAAGACCUGAAAUGGAAUCUUGCUGUUAUUCAGCUUUUUUCUGCUGAAGGAAUGGACACCUUUAUUCGGGUGCUGCAAAAAUUGAACAGUAUUCUGACUCAGCCUUGGAGGCUCCAUGUCAACAUGGGGACUACCCUUCACAGAGUUACUACUAUUUCAAUGGCUCGCUGCACACUCACUCUUCUUAAAACUAUGUUAACGGAACUCCUGAGAGGUGGAUCCUUUGAGUUUAAGGACAUGCGUGUUCCUUCAGCACUUGUGACUUUACACAUGCUCCUGUGCUCUAUCCCUCUCUCAGGUCGUUUGGAUAGUGAUGAACAGAAAAUUCAGAAUGAUAUCAUUGAUAUCUUACUGACUUUUACUCAAGGAGUUAAUGAAAAGCUCACAAUCUCAGAAGAGACUCUGGCCAACAAUACUUGGUCUUUAAUGUUAAAAGAAGUGCUUUCUUCCAUCUUGAAGGUUCCUGAAGGAUUUUUUUCUGGACUCAUACUCCUUUCAGAGCUGCUGCCUCUACCAUUGCCCAUGCAAACAACUCAGGUUAUUGAGCCACAUGAUAUAUCAGUGGCACUCAACACCAGAAAAUUGUGGAGCAUGCACCUUCAUGUUCAAGCAAAGUUGCUCCAAGAAAUAGUUCGCUCUUUCUCUGGCACAACCUGCCAGCCCAUUCAACAUAUGUUACGGCGUAUUUGUGUUCAAUUGUGUGACCUUGCCUCACCAACUGCACUUCUGAUUAUGAGAACUGUGUUGGAUUUGAUUGUAGAAGACUUGCAAAGCACUUCAGAAGAUAAAGAGAAACAGUAUACUAGCCAAACCACCAGGUUGCUUGCUCUUCUUGAUGCUCUGGCUUCACACAAAGCUUGUAAAUUAGCUAUUUUGCAUCUAAUUAAUGGAACUAUUAAAGGUGAUGAAAGAUAUGCAGAGAUAUUCCAGGACCUGUUGGCUUUGGUGCGGUCUCCUGGAGACAGUGUUGUUCGCCAACAGUGUGUUGAAUAUAUCACAUCCAUUUUGCAGUCUCUCUGUGAUCAGGACAUUGCACUAAUUUUGCCAAACUCUUCUGAAGGUUCUAUUUCUGAACUGGAGCAGCUCUCCAAUUCUCUACCAAACAAAGAAUUGAUGGCCUCAAUCUGUGACUGUCUCCUGGCUGUGCUAGCUAACUCUGAGAGCAGUUACAACUGUUUACUGACAUGUGUGAGAACAAUGAUGUUUCUUGCAGAGCAUGAUUAUGGAUUAUUUCAUUUAAAAAGUUCUUUAAGGAAAAACAGUAAUGCUCUGCAUAGUUUAUUGAAACGAGUGGUCAGUACAUUUAGUAAAGACACAGGGGAACUAGCGUCUUCAUUUUUGGAAUUUAUGAGACAAAUUCUUAAUUCUGAUACAAUGGGAUGUUGUGGAGAUGAUAGUGGUCUCAUGGAAGUAGAGGGAGCUCAUCCAUCGCGGACAAUGAGUAUUAAUGCUGCAGAGUUAAAACAGCUUCUACAGAGCAAAGAAGAAAGUCCAGAAAAUUUGUUCCUUGAACUAGAGAAGCUUGUUUUGGAGCAUUCAAAAGAUGAUGACAAUCUGGACUCUUUGUUGGACAAUGUGGUUGGACUUAAGCAGAUGCUGGAGUCAUCAGGUGAUCCUUUACCUCUUGGUGACCAGGAUAUAGAACCAGUACUUUCAGCUCCAGAAUCUCUCCAGAAUCUGUUUAACAAUAGAACUGCAUAUGUGCUAGCUGAUGUCAUGGAUGAUCAAUUGAAAUCUAUGUGGUUCACUCCAUUUCAGGCUGAAGAGAUUGAUACAGAUCUGGAUUUGGUAAAGGUUGACUUAAUUGAGCUCUCUGAAAAGUGUUGUAGUGAUUUUGACUUGCACUCAGAAUUAGAGCGCUCAUUUUUGUCAGAACCAUCAUCUCCAGGAAGAACCAAGACUACUAAAGGAUUCAAACUUGGGAAACACAAGCACGAGACCUUUAUAACUUCAAGUGGAAAAUCUGAAUACAUUGAACCUGCCAAACGAGCUCAUGUUGUGCCACCACCAAGAGGAAGGGGCCGAGGAGGAUUUGGACAGGGUAUACGACCUCAUGACAUUUUUCGUCAAAGAAAACAGAACACAAGCAGACCACCAUCCAUGCAUGUGGAUGACUUUGUUGCAGCUGAAAGUAAAGAAGUAGUCCCUCAAGAUGGGAUACCCCCUCCAAAACGGCCACUCAAAGUAUCACAGAAGAUUUCUUCUCGUGGUGGAUUUUCAGGCAAUCGGGGAGGACGGGGUGCUUUUCACAGUCAGAAUAGAUUUUUUACACCACCUGCUUCAAAAGGAAACUACAGUCGUCGGGAGGGAACGCGAGGCUCCAGUUGGAGUGCUCAGAAUACUCCUCGAGGAACUUACAAUGAAAGUCGUGGCGGCCAGAGCAAUUUUAACAGGGGUCCUCUUCCACCAUUACGACCACUUAGUUCUACAGGUUACCGCCCAAGUCCUCGUGACCGUGCUUCCAGAGGUCGUGGGGGACUUGGACCCUCCUGGGCAAGUGCAAAUAGUGGCAGUGGAGGCUCAAGAGGAAAGUUUGUUAGUGGAGGCAGUGGUAGAGGUCGUCAUGUACGAUCCUUUACACGAUAAAAAAAUUCUUUUGAGAACUUCUGAGUGUAUAUGAACAUGUCAUGAGGACAAUAAAAAUGAAACAAGACAUUGGAGGACCAAUUUAGACCUAGCAGUUAUCUGGAUACAUCUGAGAGAAUAUUUUUAUCUGAAGAAAGCAGAUUUUGUUUGAUACCUAACACAAGAUUUCAAUAAAAAUCCAAACUUUGUAUGUA